AUGUUUAAUUUAAAAAUAUAUAUAUAUAUAUAUAUAUAUAUAUAUAUAUAUAUAUAUAUAUAUAUAUAUAUAUAUAUAUAUAUAUAUAUAUAUAUAUAUAUAUAUAAUUUAAACUCUAUUUUGUGUUUCUUUGCAUUGCGUUUGUAUGUGUGCAUUCAUAUUUGUGUGUUUGUGUAUUUGUGUGUGUUUGUGUGUGCGUUUGUGUUUGCGUAUGUAUUUGUGUGUGUUUGUGUGCAUUUGUAU